AUGCCACUGCUGUCGUACGAAGGUGUGGACGUCGAGCUCCCCUCGAACUUGACGGGUAUUGAAGUUGAAGUCACGGCUGGGACACUCACGAUCCACUGCUGCAACUUCACGGGGGACGUCGUAUUGCGACAACGGACCACGGUCUCAAGUCGCGCGUCGCAGCAGACGAGACCUUGUGCUAGUUAUAGCAGCAAACGAAGUCACGACACGAGUCGUCAACGUGACGAUGGCGGUUUCGAAGCGAACGUCAAGCGGCUACGGCCUCGUUUUCUCAAUGAAGCAGAGCAGACGGUGCUGCUUGCCCGAUUGAAUGGAUCGCCGAGCUCUUGCAGCAGACAAGUGAUGGACAAGUCGGUGGCAGUAGAGGGGACGACAGGUGGUGGGGUGCAAACGACAAAGAAGACGCUUAAUGAAGAGCACGAAGAAGAAGGCGAGCAAAACUGCACUGACGUAUGCCGUGGAUUCUUCAAUGUCGCUUGA